UCCGCCGGCGACUCUUCAAUGAGAACGACGACGGUUCCGUGGCUGGGCGAGCGUUUCCACCGGGUGUCACGUUUCCGUCGACGGAAAUAAAUGCGUGUGCCGAAGUGCGUGUCCCUGCUCGCGCCCUACGUCGUCCCGUCCCUAGGAUCGUUCGGGAGAAUCGUCCACGAGAAAUUCCACUCUCGUUGUGUGCCGGUCCGUGGCAAUUUUUCCAACGCCGCGCCUCGUCGCUUCUGAACCACGAUCGCUUCCUAUUACACGCGGCUGUCAGUCACAAAAAGGCAACUGCAAGCGUUGUCUGCUACCAUCUACGCUUUUCAGAAUAUCGAUCAUCCGAUCCAGAAAUUCUACCACGAAGACUCCAGUACUAUCGGCGGAUGCCGGGAACAACCACGACAUAUCCGCGGCAAUCAUCCCAGGAAUUCGACGAAUCUACCGGAAAGACCAAGGGAAAAAGGAAAUAUCUGGGUUAAGCAGUCUUCUGCCAAUUCAAGCAGCGAAGACCAACAGAUGCGUCGAAGAUCCGUGACCUUCGACUGGCUCGGCUGAAAUUCAGUCGCACGGUGGACCGAAAUCUGAUAAACGAAAGGUUGUACCAAGGUAGAUUCAACAGAGAUCGCUGUGGAUCGCGCGAUACGAUGAAAAUCGUGGGCAAAGGCGCGCCAACGUUUAAUCUCUGCAUAGUUUGGCGAAAGUAGACGAUGCUUGACGCUCUUCCAUCGAGUGUUUCUGCUCGGAGCAGCACCGUGACUGACGUUCGACUGGCUCGUUGAAUCGAUCCGGCAAACCCGGCCGGGUUAUCGCGCGCGAUUGUCGCGUAGCAAUCAUGCCGAUCGAACUGGCCAAUCGUUACUAGAGCAGUAACGGCGAUGGCUCGUCGUGCUGCCGAUCCGGGGACGAUUGAUCUUGGUGAUCGCGCGUGCUAGUGACUUGCCAGUGUCAAAGUGGAAUUAUGCUAGUGUGCAUCGCGACGUCUCUGCGGCGCGCUUCGCGCUUCUCGCCCUCUUCUCUGCCUGCUUCUAAGGAUAUCUAGAUGCAGCUAAACAUGAAUAUCGACGAGCUCGAUCAAAACGAGCAGAGACACUGGAAAUCCCGGGACGGCAUCGUUAGCUUGGUAACUGGAAACCGCGAAAAGUCUGCUCAGACUCGCAGACACUGCGCUCCUCCGUCCGGAAUUUGCAGAUUCGUCGAUACGUUGGCUUUGCAUGAUCAAAUAUCGUAAUGAAGUGGCGAAAGCAGCUCAGCGCGUCAGCUCGUAAAUGCGAAUCAAAGCUGACGAUGCUUCGCGUGUGUAUGUACGCAGGACAUGCUGGUUGAAACUACAUCUGGCGCAAAAUCAUCAGAAUUUCACCAACAACAUUGCAACGUUCUCUCGUGCUCGAUCGAAUGGAACGGUAUCCCGUGUUUGGAAAGUCGUACGUGCGUGUAAUGAAAAACGACGAUAUAAUAUCAGAAAUAACUUUAUCGCAAACCGUUCAACGGCGCGUGUGGAUUAGUGAAUAAAAUCAUAUCAAUACUUCGUUACAGCACUUCCAUUAAUAGCGCUCGAGUAUCACUCGAAAUAUUCGAAGGAAAAAAGGCUGAACGUCCAUCAUCUCUUCCUCCGAAGCGAUAUAAACGGGUUAUUGGUCCGAAGCUGUUCACGAACCGAUCGUCUCGAGGAACUAAUUAUUUCUGAUUUCGAUGCUACCGUGAUUUCCGUGGAAAUUGGCUGCUGGAGUACUUAACUCUCGCACUCAUCAGAUAUCACGCGUGUUCUAUUAACAUAUGCCUUGCAAGAGAGCUCAUAGCCCGUCAUUCAGCCCACUGGAUAGCUACAGAGGCAGAAAGAAACGAAGAAGCCCGAAUGGAUAGAGAAAGAGAGGGCUCUUUGUACUUCGCAGCGCGAGCUUCAUGCCAUCGCCAAUCUCCAACGAUACAAAAACUUAAUGCUCGCGAGCUUCCUGCUUGGUCGUCGCAGUUUUUCUAACUGUACGGACCUGAUCGACCUUUUCUCUUCUCGUCGCCUCGUUUCAUCGUGCGUUCGCUCUAGAAGAGAGGACAAAGUGAUCUCGAAUUAAUGGAACACCCUUUGUGUUGGGCUGCGUCGCGCGGAAACAAAAAUAGGAAGAUCGUCCACCAGCGGAGAAGCUCACAGCGACGCGAUGUCGAGAUCUCGAGAGCGACGAAGAAGACUUUCCAACGUCCCAACGCGAGGCGUCCUCAGGCUGAUUCUCCAGCUUCUACUGAUCCAGAAUUUUGCGUCAACGGGAACUACCGGCCAGAUAGCUGAGUGCCCGCCUCCUGAAACAAUUCCUGGUUGUCCCUGUUACAAUUUCGAGGAUGGGCUUUUCCUGGAAUGCGCCGGAGCCACCGAGGAGACCCUGAGGAGCACUCUCUUAAGCGUUCUGAGCGCGUCCGGAACAGGCACGAUGGUACAGUCGUUGAGCGUUUACGAGUUGGACAAAACCGUAGAGGAACUGAAGGACGGCUGCUUCCCGCCUGGUUCUCAGAUCAGGCAUCUACAAAUAUCGCAUUCGUCCCUUCGAGAAAUCAGCGAGGGUGCAUUUACAAAUCUAAAAGACAGUUUAGAAUCCUUGGCUCUACUUUCAAGCCGUUUGCUCCACGUGCCGCAGAAAUCAUUGGCUGACCUUCGUAAACUAGCAGCCUUGGAUCUUGAAGGCAAUUUGAUACAAGACCUGUCAUCCUAUUGCUUUUACGGAUUAAAACUAAUGAAGCUGACUCUAAAGGGCAAUCAAAUAUCGAAAAUCUCGGAAUACGCGUUUGCAGGGCUAGAAGACAGUCUCAGUGAUCUGGAUCUAACGGAAAACAAGCUAAAGCUGUUUCCCAUGGCGCCAUUAAGAAGGUUAGAGAGCCUCGCCUCUCUGAGACUCGCCUGGAACGAAAUAUCCGAGCUACCAGACGACGGCUAUAGUCUAUUAAGCGCGCUGUUGAUCCUAGACUUAAGUAGCAACAACUUCGAGAAACUGUCCGAGGAUUGCCUGCGAUCGUGUCCAAUUUUACACACUCUAUCCUUCUAUUACAAUUCCAUAGAAACUAUCCACAAAGACGCAUUUAUUUCGCUCAAGGAACUCGAAUCGAUUGAUCUGAGCUAUAAUAAGAUUGUGUUUCUCGACGUGGCGACGUUCAAGGGGAACGAAAGAUUACGCAACAUCGAGCUGAGCAAUAAUCACAUCCACUACAUCGGCGGAGUGUUCGCCAGGUUGCCCGAAUUACGUGAGCUUUACCUAGCGGAGAAUAAUAUUCUAGAAAUCCCCGGUGACGCGUUUAUCGGCAGCGUGAGCUUAGCGGUUGUCUACCUUCAGCAGAACGCCAUCAGAAGAAUCGAUGGCAGGGGUCUUACCAGUCUGACCCAAUUGGCCCAAUUGCAUCUGAGCAACAACUACAUCGAAAAGGUGCCGCUGGAAUUCCUCGAACACUGCGAGAACCUUUCCUCGCUGUCUCUCGACGGUAACAAAAUCCAUGAGCUUCAACCGGGCACUUUCUUAAAAUUACAUCAACUGAGGGAGUUACGGUUGCAGGACAAUAACAUCACCGAGGUGAAACGGGGUGUUUUUUCGCCCCUUCCAUCGUUACUCGAGCUCCAUUUACAGAACAACGCAAUCACCGACAUGGAAACAGGCGCGUUGAGGACCUUGCACAGUCUUCAACACGUCAAUCUGCAAGGUAAUCAGCUCACCGUACUGGGAGACGUGUUCCAGUUAUCCGCUUCGGAAUCCACGUCCGGCGGAAGUUCACUGGUCUCCAUUCAAUUGGAUAGUAACGGUCUGGCCGUGUUGCACAACGACUCUUUGCGUGGCCAAGCAUCGGUUAGGAUCAUGUGGCUCGGUCAUAACAAAUUGACACACCUGCAGGCGCCGCUGUUCAGGGAUUUGCUGCUGGUCGAGAGACUCUACUUGACCAAUAACUCGAUAUCCAGGAUAGAGGACGGUGCCUUUCAGCCCAUGCAAGCUUUAAAAUUCCUUGAACUGAGCAUGAACAAACUCAGUCAUAUUACAGCACGAACGUUCUCCGAAUUGCAUGAACUGGAAGAAUUGUAUCUUCAGGACAACGGUCUUAGGCGAUUGGACCCGUACGCUCUGACAGCUUUGAAGAAGUUAAAAGUCCUAGAUCUGGCCAACAAUCAUCUAACUGUCCUUCACGACGCCAUCUUUCAAGAAGAUUUACCGAUCAGAACGUUGAAUUUGAAGAACUGUUCUAUUAUAAGUAUAGAGAGCGGAGCUUUUAGAGGACUUAAUAACUUAUCCGAUUUAAAUCUCGACGAUAAUCACCUUACGGCUCCUGCCUUGUUUAACCUGCACAUCUCAGGCCUUCGAACUCUAGCCGCAUCUGGGAAUAACUUCAGCCAAAUCUCAGAACACAGCUUGAACGGCCUGCCAUCUCUACAGGAAUUGUAUGUCGAUAGAGCAGAGAUCUCUCAGUUACCGGAGAUCAUCUUCGUAUUAAAUCGAAACCUGGCCCGGUUACACUUAAACAAAAACAACCUACGGAAUCUACCUCCGGGUAUCUUCGACAGACUCGUGUCUCUCAGAGAGAUUAAAUUGGAUCACAAUCGGUUCCAGGACAUUCCAUAUUCGGCCUUGGCCAAUGCCUUGAACCUCGAGAUCCUCACGCUAUCCAAUAACGAGAUCGUGAACGUGGACGUGGCCAGUUUCGCCAGCCUCAAACACCUGAGGGAAUUGGACCUCAGCCACAAUCGAAUCGAGACAAUGUCCGGCUUUGCCACGGCCAACCUAUCCUGUCUCACCUCCGUAGACCUCAGUCAUAACCAUCUAAAUGCUCUUCCUGCAAAUUUCUUUGCUCAUUCUUCGACACUUCGCAAGGUGGAUCUUUCUGAGAAUAAAUUCAGACAAAUUCCAGCUGUAGCGUUAUCCGGCCAGAAUCUUCCUAUGCUAACUUGGUUAAAUUUGACUAGGAAUCCCUUGAAUAGGAUUCAUGUUCUCCCUUCGGAAGCUAAAUACCCAUUUCUUCAAGAAGUGCACAUAUCAGGCACGAAUCUCAGUAUAGUAACGUCGCAAGAUUUCGAGGCGUUCCCUGCUCUAUUGCAUUUGUAUUUGAGCCAGAAUUGCAUAUCGAGGGUGUCACCAGGGGCAUUUAGAAGUUUGCCUAACCUCUUAACCCUGCAUCUGGGAACCAACAACUUGGACAUUUUGCCGAAAGAGAGGCUACAAGGGAUGGAGCAUCUAAGGAUCCUGAAUCUGACCCACAAUCUACUGAAAGAGCUGGACGAAUUCCCAGAGGACUUGAAGUCCUUGCAGAUAUUGGACCUCUCGUACAAUCAGAUCAGUAUUGUGGGCAAGGUGACAUUCAAGAAUUUGGUCAGCCUGGUGGAGCUGCAUCUUUAUGGUAAUUGGAUCAACGCCAUCUCCAGCGAGGCGUUCAGACCGCUCAAGAAGCUACGAUUGCUGGAUCUCAGUAGAAAUUACUUGGAAAACCUACCGUUGAAUGCGUUCAGGCCUCUCGAGACGCAGAUUCGGAGUCUACGCGCCGAAGAGAAUCCUCUGGUCUGCGGCUGCGAGUCUCAAGAGCUUUGGGAAUGGUUGAGGGACCACCAGAAGCUGGUUAGCGGAGUAGGAGGCGGUCGCGGUCGCGGAAGAAACGGUGUCGGAGUCGGCGAUGUAGAGGACGGUCUCCUCAAGUGCCAACAGCCGCCGGAAUUGCAAGGUCUGGUUUUCCUGGAUCUCGACCCCCACGAGUUCUGCUCCGCUCCGUUGAUUCUCAAGCUCGCGAUUCAGGACAUCCAACCGUUCUCCGUCCUCGUGUCCUGGCAAAGCAGAAACCACUCCGGCCUUCAUGGCUACCAAGUGGCCUACCACGCGCUGGACAACGUCGAUGAGGUGCGAGGCAAGCUGUUAGAUCCUAAAGCACGUUCGGUGAGGCUGACGAAGUUAGCCUCGGACACCCGGUACCUGAUCUGCGUGCUGGGACUGGGCAGCUGGGGCACGUCAAUCCCAGAGGACAUUGGCUCUUGGCAAUGGAACGCUUCUCACGACGACGUGAUCGAGGGCUCGGCCCGUCCCGCGAUGGUGAACUCGCUCACCAGUCAGUGCACGGAGGUUAGAACCCUAGACGCGCCUGAUUCGAUCGUCGGCGACGGAACAAUGAGCGACCGAGGAAGUCUGGCGAACAUAUUGACCAGAAGACUGGGUCUGAUAGUUGGCAGUUGUAUGGGCUUCGUGGUGUUCAUCGUGUUGAUCUCCGUGUUAGGUUACAUGAAGAUGAAGAAGCAGAGGUCCACCGAGAAGAGAGACCAGCCACUUUCGUCCAAUCCGCAAGCGUACAUGUCCUACAGGCAUUUCUCGUUGCAAAGCGGAGACAGAGCGGACAACGCGUGUCCCAGUUUCAUCAGCAAUAUCGGCACCACUCCGUUGAACUCGUAGCACAAGCCAAAGGAGUCUCGAAAAGAGGCUGAGCACCGUGGAAUCGAAAUGAAGAACUCACCCAGCUGUGUAGGUAUCUUUGGCUAGUCAGGAUCAUGGAAACGACGACUAAGUCCUGUGAAAAAGAAGCGUCGAAGAACGAGUCAACAUGGCGCUAAUUUUUAGUCCCGUUUGCGGGCACGACUCGGAUAUAGGUUGCUCAGUUUUAGAAGGAAUCCGUUAAAUACUAGAUCGAGCGGGGCGUCAAUGAUCGAUGCAGGCAAUUCAAUUAAGGAAAGUGCCAAAACUGACGCGCAUAGGUUUUAACAAAGAGUCUCGAUUGGUCGCUGAUUUCCGCGGAUCGUCGUGAUGUGUCUGUUAAUCCGCGUGCGUGAAUGGAUCUGACAAUGAGAAACGAGACCGUGAACACGUGCCAAAAAGAUAUUCGAAGCGGGUCGAAAAGAGAUACAAUUCUUUUCAAAGGACUUGCGAAUGUAUUGCUCAGUAACGAGAAACAAAAAAGACAACAAGCGGAACAAAAGAAACAAAAGCGGACAAAAGGAAACAAAUUACCGAUCCUUCUCGACCAUUCGUAUGAACCGAACAACGAUGUAAACGACCCCUUUUGAAACAUUCGAAUCUCUCCUAGGAAGACUGAUUUUUUAAACGCCGUUUCUCCAAACAUCCACAAUCACACCAUCCUCCAAAAAGUAUUCCCGUCAUUUCGAUGCUCGUAUUAUAUAUUGUGUGUACGAUACGUGAGGAUUUUUUGUAAAUAAUAGCAUAUAAAAUAUCGCGACUUAAAAAGAAGAAACGAUGUUCACACUGACGAUGCUCUCGUAAUAUACCGCGAGGAUACUCGUCCUUCUAGUGCUGCGCAAGCAAUAUUACACUUACUCUAAUCGAUAGUCCCGACGAUCAGCACUAAAGUUAAUUAAGAGGGCGGUCUUUUAGAAGACGCGAGUUUGUUCAAAGUAUUUUUUUCUCCACCGCUACCGGAAAAAUCCUAACUGUCGCGGCUCUGUCUCACUUUCCUCCCUCACUGUCUCUCUUUCUCUCUCUCUCUCUCUCUCUCUCUCUGUCUCUGUCUCUCUCUCACUCUCUCUGCCUCUCUCUAACCCUUUAUCUCUGUACUCUCGUGUAUCCACCGCGUGUCGUCGAUCGUCCGGCAUACGGAAUUUUCUCGAAUAAACGCGACCGAGUGGCGCGUCACUCCUGCCAAGAAACGAGAGAACGGAGAAUCGGUUUCGAGUUGCCAACUGUGUUAUACGGUGACAUUGUGGAAGAUGGAUUUAUUGUAUAUAGAUAGAAGAUAUGUAUACACAUAGCAUUCUUUAUUAUAGCAUAGGCUUUCGGUUAAUAAAAAUACACCAAAGCUA